UCAAAACAAAAGUAGUCAGUGCAAAUGUCCAUACACUGAAGAAUGGCACAUCGGAAGAGGAGGAGGCUUUCAGCAGUGUGGAGGAAAUCUCCCUGGAUUUGAGGACAGAUAACGUCAGGUUGCUUCUUGUGCUCCGGAUCACGAAGCUGCGGCGAGAGAGUGUCGUUGGCUCAUUGGCACAAAGCAAGAGAGGCAGAGCUCAGCACAUCACAGGCUCAGAGAGCGCAGACCUCCAAACCCGAAGCACGGCAGCUACAGAGGACCAUGGCAUUUGCAGGGAUGCUGAGCGACGAGGAUGUCAAGGCUGCGGUCCAGGCUUGUCAAACCCCGGGCACAUUCGACUUCAAGUCAUUCUUUGCACGAGUGGGACUGACUGGCUCCUCUGAGGCAGAUGGGAAAAGAGUGUUUACAAUCCUGGACCAAGACAGGAGUGGCUACAUUGAGGAGGAGGAGCUCAAGCUGUUCCUGCAGAAUUUCUCUCCGGGGGCGAGGGAGCUGACCGUGGCCGAGACCAAGGCUCUGAUGGCUGCGGGCGAUAAAGACGGGGACGGCAAGAUCGGGCUGGAAGAGUUCUGCGAUAUCCUGAAAUAAAGAGAACGAGCACACAUGCCCACGAUUGUCUUUCCCUAUUCUGAUCGGCGGGUUUCUCACGGACAUCCUGACUCUCCAGACGGAACCAGAAACCUCAGAUAUUCUGCACCUGCCUGCUGCUGCUCUCCCUGUUGAUGUGAUACUAUAAUGAUGUUUGGUGGACAGCCGGCUGAAGCUGGAUAUUAGUUGUGUGUUGUGUUGAAUAAAUCAGGUACCCGGAAUGGAUCAAUAAAUGUAUUUGA